AUGGAGCAAUCACAGAGUCUUCGAUCGUUAUUUCUGUCGGCAAAAGAAGGCAAGUCAGUGUUGGAGUCAAGAGGCGAUACCAACACCGCCGCUUACCGCGAUGAUGUGAAUGCGACAAUCGCCAAAUUCCAAGAGUGCCAACGCCAAAUUAGCAUCUUGUCACUUUUCAGCUCCAAUGAAUCCCUAGACGAUGUUUCCUCUGGUGAUCUACAAUAUAUGACCUUGGAAUACCACCUUGCCGAACUCACUCAGCGAGGACCCAGUGCUGACCGCGAGUCUGUUCUUCAGCGAGCCUUGGAACAAUACGAGAAAUUUUUGACGCGCCUUGAUGAAUAUGAAUUAUUGUCGAAGGGGGAUCGGAAGCUGUUCGAGACAUACAUGGCCAACCCGUCGGCUUUUACUUUGGCACCGGUUAACGAUGCAGCGGCUCGGCGGGACACCAAAGUCAGACGCUUCCGGGAAGAAAAGGAACUAAAGCAAAAGCUGGAGUAUUUGGCCCAAAAUGAAGCACGACUCCAAAGCGACGGCGACGCGACCCGCAAUCUCUACCUAUCCGAACUCCAACUUUAUACACAUCAAACUUUCCAAUCAUUGGAUAUGCUGGUGCAGGAGUUGUCGAUUCUAUCCGCGAUGCGAAAUGCGCCCACACCAGAGCCAUUACAAGCCCCGAAUGACCCCCGUCAACGCAGUGGUUUGGGAGGCGCCAAUUACUCGGACCGAUUGGAUCCAUCGAUAUCACAAUUGCUUGGAGGACGGAAUGGACCAUUAUUGAACAGCAAGGGGGUACCGAUGCAGCCAUUUACACUUCUUGAUCGUCGUUCGCAGCUUCAGCAGGGUGUAUUCCGCUCCGGCCAUAACCUACCAACCAUGACCAUUGAAGAAUACCUCGACGAAGAGCACAAGAGGGGUAAUGUUCUUCAAGGAGGCGAGCAAUCUGGAAUUAUUGCGGAAAUUGAUGAAGACGAUUUGGACAAGGCUGAUCAGGAGACGCUGAAGGCUCGGGCCUGGGAUGAAUAUGUCGAGGCAAACCCCCGCGGAUCUGGGAACACGCUCAAUCGCGGUUGA